CCUACGACUCAUUAGCAGCGCAGCACCAGUGAGGUAGCACUCGCCGCCAUUGCCAAGUUGAAGCUGAAGCUCCUCACGUACUCUUCUCAUUUGCCCCUCACUUAGUUGACUACUGUAGCUUGCAAUGUCGUCGGGCCAAGCACGCCAAGCUCCAUUCGCCCUGCUCCACGUCGUCCUCGUCAUCGUCAUCUCCUCCCGAGUUGGAGGUGUUUCCUCGACGAGAACAUUGACCAUCACGAACCACUGCGGGCACACGGUGUGGCCGGGCAUCCUAUCCAGCGCGGGCUCGCCGGCGCUGGAAACCACGGGCUUCGCCCUAGAACCAGGCCAGUCACGGUCGCUGCCGGCGCCGCACGGGUGGUCGGGCCGUCUCUGGGGCCGCACCCACUGCUCCACCGACACGUCGUCAGGGCGGUUCGCCUGCGCCACGGCCAACUGCGGCUCCGGCCGGCUGGACUGCGCGGGCCACGGCGCCAAACCGCCCGCGACGCUGGCCGAGUUCACUUUCGACGGCCACGAAGGCCUCGACUUCUACGACGUCAGCCUCGUGGACGGCUACAACCUGCCGAUGCUGGUGGAGCCGCACGCACCGCACGGCGGCGGCGCCAACUGCCUGCUGACGGGGUGCGUGAUGGACCUCAACGCCGCGUGCCCCGCCGAGCUCCGCGUCGGUGACCGUGGCGACGGCGGCGGCGCCGCCGUGGCGUGCAAGAGCGCCUGCGAGGCGUUCGGCACCGCGGAGCACUGCUGCCACGGGGAGCACGGGAACCCCAACGCGUGCUGGCCGACGGCGUACUCCCAGUUCUUCAAGAAGUCGUGCCCGCGGGCGUACAGCUAUGCCUACGACGACGCCACCUCCACCUUCACCUGCGCCGGCGGCGGCACGUCGUACGCCAUCACCUUCUGCCCGAGCACGACUAGUGUCAAAUCGGUGGAAACAGACCCGCAAAUACGAGCGGCCGUCGGCGGUGGCGGGCGAGUGGCGUCGUCGUCGUGGCGCACCAUGCCGUCCAUUAUUGAAUCCAGCCUUGUCCUCCUCGGCGUCGCCAUGGCGGCGCUUUCGCAUGUCUUUUAAUUUAAGAAGUAUCAACCGAGAAGGCAGGCAGCCAGCAGGCAGAGUGGUUUCAGUGUUGCACACAUGGGAAAAGUGAAGAAAGAAAUAAAGAGCCUAGGGGCAGGCUGGUUCAUCCCAUUUUUCUUAAUUGAUUUGUCAAUCUGGACCAUCAUCCAGAGAUUAAAAACAUCACAACCGAGUAGUCAUCAAAUGGAAUGAAUUCAUUGAUCUAUAAAGCUUCACACAAUCUCUCACUGUCACUGUCCAUAGAAUAGAGAAGCUACUGAAUCAGCCUUUUUCAUUUUGCUAUAUAUAUAUUACUCAAAGAAGACACCACCUA